UGGGUCACCAGGCAUCAGGUCAUUUGGCUUGUCAGCGGGCACCGCGUCAUCUGGCAAGGCAGUGGGCACCGGGUCACCAGGCAUUGGAUCGUCUGGCUCGACAGCGGGCAUCGGGUCACCAGGUAUGACAGGGGCCCUGGGUCACCAGGCAUCAGGUCAUUUGGCUCGCCAGCGGGCAACGCGUCAUCUGGCAAGGCAGUGGGCACCGAGUCACCAGGUACCGGAUCGUCUUGGAUCAACAGCGCGCAUCGAGUCAACUGGCCCAAUAGGAUCGUCAGGCUGGAUCAGUUCAUCAUGCUGGGUAGAGGCAUCAGGCUGAAUGCCGGCGUCCGGCUGAGUAGAGGCUUCAGGCCGAGUAGAGGCUUCAGGCCGAGUAGAGGCUUCAGGCCGAGUAGAGGCAUCAGGCUGAAGAGAGAGGCAUCAGGCUGAAGAGAGGCACCAGGCUGAACCACGGAAGGCAGGUUCUCAGACGGCAGGUUCACCGGUUUGGAUACUGGCAGGAUGGUAUUGGUUGGAAAG